AUGUUCAUCCAUAAACAUAACAAAGAUGAUGAGGACCAUGGUGAUGUAGAGGCCACAAGUGAAGAAUGCAUCAAAUGGUUAGAUGAUAAGGAAAAAAUGUUGGUUGUUUAUGUUUCUUUUCGGAGUAUGGGUGUACUUGAUGAGAAGCAAAUAGAUGAAGUAGCUUAUGGUUUGAGAGAUUGUGGAAGAUACUUCUUGGGGGUGGUUAGAGGCUUCUUGUGGGUGGUUAGAGGCUAUGAAGAGAUGAAGCUCCCUAUAGGGUUUGAAAAGAAAUCAGAGAAGGGUUUGAAGCUUCCAGCUAAGUUUGUGAGCAAAUAUGGAAAUCACUUGCCCAACACAAUGUUUCUUAAGCUUCCAAACGAUGCAGAAUGGGAAGUAAAAUUGGAGAAAAGUGAUGGCAGUGUUUGGUUUCAGCAAGGUUGGAAAGAGUUUGUGGAGUAUCACUCUCUAGCCCAUGGACACCUCUUGGUUUUAGGAUACAAUGGAACAUCCCAUUUCCAUGUACUCAUCUGUGAUAUGAGUUGCAUGGAAAUAGACUACCCUGUCAACAAAGCAAAUCACAAAAGGGUUAAAAUUAAGAGUGAAAACAUUCAACCACCUAAGACAAAGAAAACAACUGAGAAUAAGAAAAGGUGUUGUUCCAAUUUGCAAGACACUGCAUCCGAUGAAUUAGUCAGAGACCACAAAGGUAUGUUGAAGAAUCUAAAUGAAGGGAAGAGAAACAUGGAAGCUCUUGAGAAUACCUUCAUGGUGAUAAUGAAACCAACCUUUUUUACUACUGGGUACAUGUAUCUGCCAAGAGCAGCAGUGAGGAGCCAAAACAAACGUCGUGAAGAAUUUGUUACUCUUGUUGUUGGGGACAGAAGAUGGAGGGUUAAAUUGGUUCGUUAUCCAAAUGAUUCAGCUUACUUCACUAAUUUGUUAGAUUUUGCAAGGGACAAUAAUUUGAAAGAAGGAGAUGCUUGCUUUUUCAAACUCAUGAACAUGGGUGAUGACAUGGUGAUUAAGGUUUCCUUUGUAGCCAGAAACUCCUCUCUAAGAGGACAAUAA